GGGUCCGUGUGAAAACGGGGGUUCCGAGUGCAAAGCAAAGUUUUUUUGUAAACCGUCUGCAAAGGCGGGGGGGCGAGGAAGGCGCCGGAGACCGGGCCGAGUGCAGCUGCCGUGGCCGCCGCCUUUUUAGCUCUUCAGGCGUCGGCUUCCCGGUCCGAGCCACACCGGAGGAGACCAGCGAGGGGAAGACCUGCGCGGAGAACCCUGCAGAUGCUCGGAGCCUUCGUAGCGCGGAGCUGCCUGUCGCCCGCCCCCGCCGCCCGCCUUCUCCUGCUCCUGCUCCGGCUCUUCGUCCCCGGGCUCCGGGAGCCCCAGCUCCCCGCCGCCACCGUCACCACCGCCGCCGCCGCCUCGGCCUCUGCCGCCCCGCUGUGGGUGUGGGGACUGGUGGGGCUGAGCCGGGCCUCCGCGCCGGCUCUGAGCACCGACGCCUGAGGAGCUGCGCGCUGCCGGCCUGCCGGGGACGCCCGCAGGCGCGGGAGCUCGGCGGCUUGACCCCGGGCUCGUCCCCGUCCGGCCGCUGAGGCCACACAGCGGUUUCCCGAGCGGCCCGGUCGGGGGGCGAGAGCCCCGCGCCGCCCUCCCGCCUCCGCCUCCAGGUCGCCGGCCGCCGGCGACUCGCCGCCACCGCCAGUGUAGCCGCCCGGCCGCGCUCGGCGGGCCCCUGAGCCGCAGCCAUGGGGUGCUGGGGUCGGAACCGGGGCCGGCUGGUGUGCAUGCUGAUGCUGACCUUCAUGUUCAUGGUGCUGGAGGUGGUGGUGAGCCGGGUGACCUCGUCGCUGGCGAUGCUCUCCGACUCCUUUCACAUGCUCUCGGACGUGUUGGCGCUGGUGGUGGCGCUGGUGGCUGAGCGCUUCGCCCGGCGGACCCACGCCACCCAGAAGAACACGUUCGGCUGGAUCCGGGCCGAAGUGAUGGGGGCUCUGGUGAACGCCAUCUUCCUGACCGGCCUCUGCUUCGCCAUCCUGCUGGAGGCCAUCGAGCGCUUCAUCGAGCCGCACGAGAUGCAGCAGCCGCUGGUGGUCCUCGGGGUCGGCGUGGCCGGGCUGCUGGUCAACGUGAUGGGGCUCUGCCUCUUCCACCAUCACAGCGGCUUCGGCAACGACUCCGGCCACGGCCACUCGCACGGGGGUCACGGCCACGGCCUCCCCAAGGGGGUCCGCGGCAAGAGCAACCGCACCGGGGAGAGCGACGACAGCGUGACCCCGGGCGAGCAGAGGCCCGACCUGGAGGAGACCAACACCCUGGUGUCCAAUAGCAGCAACUCCAACGGGCUGAAACUGGACCGGCCAGGUGAGGAGAGAGCGGCCACCGCAGGUGGUUGGGUCAGGGGAAGCCCGGACCCCAGCCUGGCCCUAGGCGGGAUGGCCCGCACGCCCCCUGGUGCCCGCGGCGGCCGGCGCCGCGCCGCCGCCUCUAACCCUCCAGGUCCCGCACCCGCGGGGCACACGAGGAAAUAGGACCCCUUUCGGCCGGGUGCUAGGAGCCGGGGCGCGCGGUUGGGGGUGACGGUGGGGACUGUGGUUUUGAGAGUGGGAAAAGGGUCGGGAAGGUGACCGUCAGCCCUCUGCAAUCCACAGCCGCACUUGGCCGCCCUUACGAGCAGUCCUUUCGAGAGACUGUCUGAUUUUGGUUUUCACAGAAUCAAAAGCGCUUCCUAAGUAAAUUUCUUGCCCCCCCCUUGGGAAACGGAGAGAAUUCCCAAUUCAUCCUUAGUUGUUGGCCAUUUGAAACCUUGCCCUAAGUAGUUCUUGUGACCUUUAAGCAAGUUUCUUAGUGUUAUAUUCAGAGCCAUCUAGGCAUUGACUUUCCUGAGCUCAAAACCCUGGUUAAAGGUUCCUUUUAUGAAGGGCAAUGUGUAUUUCAGUUAAAAGUCUGAGCCUAAUCCUGCAAAUCCUAGAUUUAGGACCUGUUUGGUCAUGUUUAACAUUUCACUUAGGACUUUUCAAAAUCAUACUAAAAUAAAAGUGAUGGUAACUUAUUCAUCUUUUUUUUUACUGGGUGCUUUUCAUUCUAAAUAUAAUUGCUCUUGAAGGCAAUUUGGAAAAUGUUGAAAGAAAAGAGAUGGGAAAGAGAAUCAACCAAAGCCCAACUACCCAGGCUCUUAAUGAUGUUAACAAUUUGGUGUAUUUCCUUCCAAUUUUUUUCAUUUACAUUUAUUUGCUUACUGGUAUGUUACUACGUAGACAACUUGUUCUUUUUUGAAGGUGCAGGAUAUCAUGUUAACGAAAUUGAACUUGUACAUUGAAAGGUUUCAUAAACAAUUGAAUUUCCCCUCACUCCCACUCUGCAAGGUGUUACUCCAAAGAAAAUUAAGCUGCUCUGGUGUGUACACAGUAAUUCCUUUAAAAGAUGGGUACGUUUGGUUUAAGAACUGGUAGGGUAGAUAGAGAUAUUUCACCUUUUCCUGAAGUUGAUGAUUGUUGAUGGGUUUAUAUUGCUAAUUUGUCAGUUUCUAAACCCUCUCCGCCAAGAGACUCUGUGGUUUAUAUUCCUGAUAAAAGUUUGAGUUAGCCACAACCCUUUAAUGACAGAGUGACUAGAGCAGUGUGUCAGAUCAGGCAUUUGUAGUGGACUUCUCCA